CCCACAGUCCCGUGUAAGUCGCCCUUGCUUGCUAGUGUCAGACAGUGUAUUCGAAAAGGCAUGGAAGGUGCAAGUUCUCGUACUCAGUUUUCGUGCACUUGAGGCGAAUGAAGUGUAGAAAUGUCUUCGAGCCGUUUCCCGUUGGCUGCCGAGCUUUGAGGACACUUUUGAAUAUGCGUGUGUUUACAAGCAGCGUAGUGUGACUGGCCACCAGGAGGUGGAGCACGUGUCAAGCAGGGCACAACUCGCUCGUGUUAUCAGGAAGGAAGCUGUCCUGCGUGAGUGUAUCCAGCUAGCCAGCCAGCUAGCCCCCAAGUGCUGGCUUGUAUGAGUGUAGGGGGCAGGGAUGGGGAAUGGAGUGCAGGAAAGCCAGCGGGCGCUCACACAGGGUGAAGUGUUGCCACUUCCCUCCUCCAGCCAGUCCGAGGGUUUUAAGCAGAGUCGCUCCGUGUUGAACUCAUUGUUCUCUGGAGCUUUGGCAGGGGCCGUUGCCAAAACAGCUGUGGCUCCUCUGGAUAGAACAAAGAUCAUCUUCCAAGUGUCUUCAAAUAGAUUUUCUGCCAAGGAGGCGUAUCGGCUGAUUUACCGUACCUAUCGCAAGGAUGGCUUCUUCAGCUUAUGGAGGGGCAACUCGGCCACCAUGGUGCGGGUGAUUCCCUAUGCUGCCAUCCAGUUUUGUGCCCACGAGCAAUACAAAAGGCUGCUGGGAAGGUAUUAUGGCUUCCAGGGAAAGGCUUUGCCUCCUGUUCCACGACUCUUGGCUGGCUCGCUAGCUGGUACCACUGCGGCCAUGCUUACAUAUCCACUGGACAUGGUCCGUGCCCGCAUGGCUGUCACGCCGAAAGAAAUGUACAGUAAUAUAUUGGAUGUGUUUGUACGGAUCUCCCGUGAGGAGGGACUGAAGACGCUCUACAGGGGAUUCACCCCAACAAUACUAGGAGUGGUUCCCUAUGCAGGACUCAGCUUCUUUACCUAUGAAACACUUAAAAAGCUCCAUGCAGAGAAGACAGGGAGAGCCCAGCCAUACUCUUAUGAGAGGCUUGCAUUUGGGGCAUGCGCUGGCCUGAUCGGCCAGUCGGCCUCCUAUCCGUUGGAUGUGGUGCGUCGGCGCAUGCAGACGGCUGGUGUGACGGGCCACAUGUACGGCACCAUCCUGGGCACCAUGCGGGAGAUCGUGGCCGAGGAGGGCAUCAUCCGUGGCCUUUACAAGGGCCUGAGCAUGAACUGGGUCAAGGGGCCCAUUGCUGUAGGAAUCAGCUUUAUGACCUUCGACCUCACACAGAUCUUCCUUCGCAAAGUGGGCUAUAGCUCACGAUAGCCUGGAGGGGUGCUGGAAAGCCACAGAGCAGCAGCCUCUACAGAGAAGAAAAUGAAAGUUUAGCAGGGAAACACAAGGAUGUAGAGACAAAAAAAGGACUUUAAAGGGGUUGGGGUAAGACUUAAACUGUGAAAUAGAUUUCUGCUUAUAGUGGAGGUGGAAAUCACACAGAAAACUUCUUUCUGCCCAUGUUGCCAUGAGCAAAGGGAAAGCGACGCCGCUAAUUUCAUGUGAAUGCUGCCAGUGGAUCAAAUAGGGUCAUUUUUAAUUAACUCACACAAGGCACAGAGAUUAUAGUGGAAGUUUGCAGAACUGUAUGUUUAUGUACUAGCAGGACUUCAGACAUUUUUAGAGGUUUUGUUUUCUGCAGAAGCCGUUGGUACACACUAUGUGUGUGAGAGUGUGGGCAUGUGUGUGUGAGUCAGAGCGAGGUACAGACAGACAAAAUGAAUGUUAUGUCCUCUAUAAGCCCCCUUUACACUGCCGUCUCACAAGAGUCCCAGCACAGCGACAUGCAGGAUGUCCUUUAAGUGCAAUAUUAUCUAUGUUCUUCUCAUACCCAUAUAAUUCUGCCAUCAGCAUGGAAAGCCCCUGUGUUUUCUGCGUCUUUUCUGGCUCCUUAUAUUGCUCUCGUCCUUUUAAACAUGGCUUCCUCAUCGUCCUUCUGCCUUGUGACGCCCAGUGCGUUUGAGCUGCCUUGACUGAGUAACUAAGGAUUGAUUUAUGUUGAGUUUAGGGGGGAAAAAAUUUUGAACAACCCCUGGUGGAACAUUUAUGCGCAAAUUUUGGUUUAGCUUAGUUUGAGUUAAAAAAAUAAUAACGUAAAAUGAGACAACUUUUACACAGGCUGCAUUGUAUGAUUGAUACCACUUUAAAAAAAGUGCCCUUGUAAAGGAUUUAUGAAUGGUUUAAACUCUGUUUAUUAAUGUGAGAUCUGAGGGUUAACAGCAUAGAUGUGGGCUUACCUUAUUUAUGUUAAAUAUUGUUAUAAAUAUUACUUAACAAUAGUGUUUGACAGUAAUUAAUAACAGAUCAUUAACAAUUUUUUAUCAUUCAUACACUCUUUGUAAGCAUAGUCUUAUUUUAAAGUGGUACCAUAUGUUACUAUAUGUUCACUAUGUUAAGUUCAGCAAAUUAAUUGUUCUUAAAAAUGUACAGAAGUGUGUUAACUUGUUUUCACAAAACUGUGUUGGAGGUAAACCAGGGUCAUCAGUAGCAAAUGCACCCAUAUAUUUUCAUAGAGAGUAUACAAUAAAGUCUCUAUAUUAAAGCAGACAGCUUCAGAGGAAGUUUGGAGUUGCUUGCUGUCCACUGUAGGCGUGUUGGCUGCUUCUAUCUUUAGCCUGUGCUAUAAGUGUAGCCAUGCAAGCCACCACUGAGUGGUCAGAGCAGGUGUGUGUGUGUGUGUGUGUGUGUGUGUGUGUGUGUGUGUGUGCACGCACGCGCAGUGAGCUGACCAGGUGCACUGAAGUGAGGGCAGUGGAAAUGCUGUUUGGGUCAGUGUCUUGCUGAGAGAAGCGUGCUUGUUUGGUUCUACUGGAAUGUGUCCUCAUUUUACCCUUGUGUGUCGCUUUCUUGCCUGGGCUACAAAUAUAAGGAAUGCUAUGGUGCAUACUAAGACUUCAUACUAAAGCAAAGUUCUCCAGCUUUGGUCCUGGAGGACUUUUGUCCAACACAGUUUGGUCAUUUUCCCUCCUCAAGCACACCUGAUUGAACUAAAUAGCAGAGUGCGCAAUAUAUCAUUAUAUUGUUUCUGCGUAUUUGCCUUUGCAGUAGUGAUAUUGCCAAGGCUUGCGAUAUGCAAACGAACCUUUGAACAAAUCAUUAAAUGUUGUUUACUUAUGUGAUGUCAUCGUCUUGAUCAUAUCUUUUGCGUUCCAGAUGAAAUAUGGAUAAAGUAUCUUAACUGCAGUUAAAUUGCUGUAUAUUGCAAUUGAGAUUCCUGUAUUCAGUCAUGUAGGUCAUCCUACAAAUUAGCACAUCCUCUACAACUUGAACAUGGCAUUUUUUUUGCAAAUGUCAGUGCACAAUUAAUAUUUAUUUGUUUAGCAUAUUGAGAAAAAAUAAAUAAAAAGCUAUAGCUUCUGCAGAGACCACAUUUGAUGUCAUAUUUUUCCCUAAUUUGUUAAAUUCAGCAAAUGAACAGCACCGAAAUGUGCAGAAAUGUGUUCUCUGUAGAGCACAUGUUUUCAACAAAAUGUCAUUUGACCAGGGCACCCAAACUUUCACUGUACCCUCGAUUCAGCUUCUUUUCCUGUUCUUAACUUAAAGCUCUUUUAUAAUAGAAGCCAGUGGUCAGGUUUGUGUUUUGGCAUUCAUGUGUGAACCAAGUAACUUUUGUCAUCCAAUGAAUUCCAAUAAUUUAUUAAUAAUAAUCUGGCCAGUGUUGAUAAAUAGUGUAGACUAGCCUUUAUCUAUAUUAUAUUUAAAGAGAUAUUUCAGUAUUUUUCAACCUAAAAUCUUGUCUAAUCUGUCUGCCAGUAUGCCUGAUCUGUUUGUGCAGUACACAUAAUGUACCACAGAUAGUAAGUCUAAGUAAUUUUCCUAUAUGUAGAUAAGACCAGAAAAGCUGGUAACUGAAAUAGAAGGCUGAAGCAUCUGCCCCAUUGACUUCUAUUGUAAUUGAGUUGCAAGUUAAGAGGUUUUCUGCUCUUUUUAUUAAGUAAAGGAGACGUGUUGAAAUUAUCUGUGGUAAUUGACUUCCUGCUGCAGAUAUAGCAGAUGCAGAUUAGGUUGGAAAACAGGACAUUAUUCCUUUAAUAGUUCUCCAGUAUGGUAUUAAUAUAUUGUAAAGGAUAUCAUAGUUGCAAUAUACAGCAAUAUACGUGCAGUUAUCUUUUGCAGCUAAUUGUGUUUGAGCAGGGAACUUAUCAAACUGCUUCGACCCAUCUGUCUUAGUGCUUGUCUGUUCAUUGUUGAACAAAUAUGUCUGCAGCAUUUAAAGCUGAAAGUUAUAUACUAAGUGCCUACAUUGAUAGAACAGGAAGACGUACUAUGAUCAACACUCACACUACUGCUUCUCUCAGUAACUACUCAUCUUAAGUACCAUGUGACAGUGUUCUGAAACUGUCAGUAAUAGUGCAAUAGGUAAAAGCUCAUGUUUAUGGUGAGCGCACUGUGUGGUGGUUAUCAGUGUAACUGCAUGAUUUAUUAUUGUGCAAGUUUCAAAUAUUUGCUCUUUAGUAUUUGGGUAACACAUUGCAAAUAACACCCUUUGCAUUUGAUAUAUUUUUGGUAACUCUUAAGAGACUUCAUAUCACUCAUCUCAGCCUUCCGAUGGAGCGCUAUUGUGGACUGUUUAACAUAAUCUGCUCUCAUUUACUUCUGUCUGUAAUCCACUGUCAUUCAGUGGCUAGUAUUAUGAUGUAUUCUAUGAGCCUUGACCGUUGUCUCAUCCGCACAAAUAUUGUCAAGGAGGUCAGAGUUGAUUGUUGAAAUAAAAUGAAAUGAAGUGAAAAUGUCAUUUUAAAAACUUAACAUAAACAUAACAGUCCUACUAACUGACAAUCACGCUAUGCCAAAGCACAGUUCGUGAAUUGUGGACCUGUUUUAUCUUGUGUAAUGGCAUUUUUUGGCUUUUAAUCUGCAAAUCCAAGAGGCCUAUUAGAAAUGUUUGUAUUUAAUGCUUUAAAUAUAACCACACCACUCCUUAGGGAUGGAGAGGUUUUACAGUGUGUCAUUUAUCCCCCUGUAAUAACCUCCCUGUUUCAGAUGUUGGUGAUUUCCCAAGUUAAUUGAUUUAAUCUCUUACUAAGAUGACUGAUUUUGAAGCUUUAAGACUGGUUUUGUCAAUUUUAAGGUAUUGUGCCAAGUGAAUGUACAUUAAACUAAUGAGACUGUAA